AAAGGAUGGUGAUACAUUCCUCCCACGUACUUCUCAUCAAUCCCAAGUUCUGGACCUUCAUUUAAAGGAAGUUGCAGGCUCUUGUGCUCUUUCUCACACAUUCCCAUGGGUUUGGCUAAGGUAGAGGGAGAAAAUAUGAAGAAAUUGAGCAGAGACCUCCUAGAAGAUAUCAUGGCUCGACUAGAUGGUUCGACUUUGGCCUCAGCCGCCUGCACAUGUUGUGAAAUCAAAGAUAUUGCUCGGGAUCAGAUGUUAUGGAGGCGGCUCUGUCAUUCAACAUGGCCUUCUACGGCACUGGAAGAAGGCCGACGACUUAUUCUGGCAUCUGGAAUUGAGGGUUUUGACAAAUUCUAUGCUGACUCCUUCCCUCUGAUUUUGCACGAGAAAGAUGUCAGUGGCAUCUCCCCUGAAGCUCAUGUCUCCCCAUCGAAUCUAGUUUCAUUCAUAGAUGUUUACCACAGGAAAAAAUGCAUUUCUUCCCGGGUUGUUGAUGGCAUACCAGAUGCUGUGGACGCCUCUGAAGACAAUGAAAUCAUGAGUGACCUUGAAAAUUGGUUCAAUAAUUGCCUGUUUAAACUGGACCUCUUUGAAAUCAAGGAUGACGAAGACAAUGUUUAUGGAAAUGAUCUCCACCUUGAUGACAAUGAAUUUCUCUGCAACAGUGGAGAUACAAACGCAGGCUCAGGUCCUUCCUCCACGGUAGUGCCAGUAGCAGAGACCACAGAAUCUACAGAUUACUGCAAAGAGCUGAAAGAGGGCAUCAGGCUGAGUUGGAUUCUCCUAGACAAGAAGAGAGGGAAAGCAGUUAAUCUGUCAAGCUGGAAGCCAAUGUUGGUGAAAAAAUGCUGGCCAUAUGAGGGCGAGUAUGUGAUGCAUUUUGGAUGCAUUCUCCCUGUAGAGGAGAGCGUGCUGCCUCAAAAAUUGGCAAGGUGCCUUAUAUUGGCCAGAUGCAGGGUAAUAGAAAAGAAAGGGCACUUGAUAUGUACGAAGAUAUGCUUGUAUUUUGAGGACAGUAGUGGGGCACAACUCAAUGGAGCAAAGAGUCUAAAGAUUAUGAAUCGGGCUCUAUACUACUCGAGGAGUAAAAACCACCUCGAGUUUGAGAAGAUGCAUCAUUGCUUUGAGAGGCAAAAGAAGGAGAUCAUGAGGAAGGAGAAGCGCAAGGAAAAAAUAGCUGACUGUCUCUGCCUGUUAAUUCAAGUUGCAAUCUUCACGAUUCUUGGUUAUUAUGCCAUGCUCAAAGAAAAAAAAAACAUGUAAAAGUUCAGAUUAAAUUGAAGUUGCA